AUGGGAGCGUUCACUAUUCUCCACGCCUCUAUCACAGAAUACUUGAUAUUCUAUGGCACUCCUAUCUAUUCCAACGGACAUUCUGGCCUUCACCUGGCUGAUGACUACUUUGUCAUUCUCAAUGGCACAGAAAAGGCCUAUAGACCAGGACACCUGGAGGCCACCACAUACUGGCCUGGAGAUGUCAACCACUUGCCCAGAGGACAGUCAAUUCAUUAUGCCAUGGAUGGGUGGGCUUUAGAGUUAGCGCAAGGUUGGAUUCCAAGCAUGCUUCCGUUCGGACUGGUGGAGUCAUUUACUAGCAACCUUGACUUUGUCAAUCUUUGGAAGACUUGCUACUUGACUGCGGAGCUGAUGGGGAGGCAGCUGGGACUUGGAAAAUUUUGA